AUGGAUUCCGCUUCCUCCCCUACAAGCUCGGUCGUGCAGCCGCCGCCGGUCGAGGCGAAGACGGCGGCGAAACGAGAAGUACCGAAGAAGGAGAUGGCGCACCGGACGAAGGUGAUACAAUUCAUGGGGCGGACAAAGCCCAUCAUCCUCCAAAACGACAAUGGCCCCUGCUCUCUUAUCGCCAUAUGUAACGUGCUUUUGUUGAAGAAUAUUUUGAAUUUGAGCCCAGAUAUUUCAGAGGUUUCACAGGAGAAAUUGCUUUCACUUGUUGCUGACCACUUGAUUGCUUCAAACAGUACUGACAAUAUUGCAGAUGCAAUUGAUUUGCUUCCUAAACUGGCAACUGGGAUUGAUGUAGAUAUCAAAUUUGGAAGGAUUGAUGAUUUUGAGUUUACUCGAGACUGCACAAUAUUUGAUUUACUGGAUAUCCCGCUCUAUCAUGGAUGGAUAAUUGAUCCGCAGGACAAAGAAACUGCCAAUGCGAUUGGUCCAAAAUCGUACAACACUAUAGUGGUGGAUCUUGUUUCACCAGCACCAGCUAAGGAUAGCGACAAUCAAAACGACCCUGAGGAUGGUGUAGAUUUUGUUGCGGAAACAACUGCAGCUCUUGGGGUGCCAUCUCCUUGUCUUUCAAGAGGUCAAUCUUUCGAUGAAUCCCCCAAUAAAGCACGAAAGGGAGACAUUGAAGAAGAAAGGGAGCUCUUGCGAUUCAUGAAAUUAUCAGAGGCAGAAAUGUUCAGUUCAGUGCCGGAUAGUGUAACUUAUGAAAAUCAAGAGCCUGUUUAUGAGGGCGAGGUGGUUUUUGCCGAACAAGUUGGUAGAGGUUGUGUGAUUGAUGAUGAAUUCAAACAAGGUGAACUGAUCCGGAACUUUUUGAAGAAUAGUGCUAGUCAGCUGACUAUAUAUGGCCUAUCUUGCUUACAAAAGGAAGUUAAGGAGCGCGAACUCUGUGUGUUCUUUAGGAACAAUCAUUUCAGCACUAUGUUUAAGUAUGAAGGUAAGUUAUACAUCCUAGCAACGGACCAAGGUUACCUAAAUCAGCCAGAUUUGGUGUGGGAAAAGCUGGAUGAGGUGAAUGGUGCUAAUUUAUACAUGACUGGAAACUUCACGGAGUUCACAAUGGAUGACACGGGUUCAAAUUUCAAUUCCGAUUUGCAAUGGGCAGAACAUGAAUUCGAGCAACAGAAACAUAAAUUGCAACCCAAUAACUUACAACAACCUUCGACAAGUAGUGCUUCGAGCCUCUCACAUCAACCUUCGACAAGUAGUGCUUCUCACUCCAAUCUCGACACACACUCUUCUCGCUUCUCAAAUUCUCUCCGACUCCCUGCUCACCGCCCCGCCUCCGCCUCCAACUCCACUUUCAGAAUGGUGUCCACAGAGAAGGUUCGUAUGAUUAUGGAUAAGAAGCAUAAUAUUCGUAACACGUCGAUAAUCGGACACUUAUACCACGGCAAGUCGACUGUCGCCUGCCGCGUGACGGACACCUAUGCGGACGAGGAUGAGUGCAUUAUGACGACCAAAUUGACACCAUUCUCUUUCUGUUACAAAAUGAGUGAUGAGUCACUCAAGACCUACAAGGGUGAGAGACAUGGUGACGAGUAUCUCAUCAACCUCAUUGACUCCCCUGGACACGUCGACUUCUCCCACGAGGUCACGGCCGCAUUCCGCAUCACAGACGGGGCGAUUGUGGUGGUGGACUUAAUUGAUGGUGUUCUUGUCCAGACCGAGGCUGUCAUUCGACAGGCCAUGGCCGAGGGCAUUCGCCUUGUCCUCACAGUCAACAAAAUGGAUAGGUGUUUCCUUGAGGAGCACGUGAUGGACGGCGAGGAGGUCUACAAAAGCUUGGAGAAGGUGAUUGAGGACACCAAUAAGAUCUUGGCCACGUAUGAGGACGCCGACCAUUGCGAUAUCCAGGUGUCCCCCGAGAAGGGCAAUGUAGUUUUUUGUUCUGGCGUGGACGGCUGGGGGUUCACACUCAGUCACUUUGCUAAGUAUUAUGCAUCUAAGACGGAUAUAGAUGAGGCCAUGUUGACGAAGAGGCUCUGGGGGGAGAACUUCUUUGAUACUGAGACUAAUAAAUGGACGAAAAGUCGGACAGACUCCGAGACUUGUGCCCGAGGGUUUGUUAAGUUUGUUUACAAUCCGAUCAAAAAUAUCAUUGCCGCAUGUAUGAAGGAAAAGGACGGCAAUCUGGAGAAGCAAAAGGAGGAAAAGGACAGCAAUCUCGAGAAAAAAAAGGAGGAAAAGGAGGGUAAUUUGAAGAAGAAAAAGGAGGGCAAUUUGACGAAGAAAAAGGGUGAUCUUUGGUGGCAUCUUGAGGAGCGUGGGGUUAACUUGACCGUGGAAGAGAAGCAGUUUGCGGGCAUACAGUUGAUGAGGUGCGUGAUGAACCGGUGGCUCCCCGUCAGGAGCGCCCUCCUCGAAAUGAUGAUAUUUAAAUUGCCAUCACCCGCCACGGCCCAGAGAUGUAUGGUAGAUACCUUAUAUUGCGGCCAACCCAAUGAUUCAUAUGCACAGAGCAUUAGGAACUGUGACCCGGAUGGUCCAUUGAUGCUUUAUGUGUCCAAGAUUAUUCCAAACGACUUGGCCUCUGACAACUUGCCAAUAAAGUUGUUGGCCGUUGCUCGCGUCUUCUCUGGAAAGGUCUCGUCCGGCCUCCAGUGA